CCCUCAUGUCAAACAGUGAAAAAUUUGAUCCGAUUUCAGAUGUUUUAAAUUUGUUGGUCCAUAUUUUAGUUGAAAAACAGCUUAAAAUUGCUGUUAAAAUAUAAUUAAAAAUGCUGCAGGAAUACGAGGAUGAUUACUUCCUCGAAGAGGAUAAAAUCCCCAAGGAACAAGUUCCGUCCGCCGUGGCGCCGUCUCCGGACGACGGCGGGGGCGACGACGAAACGUCGCUACUGCUCGGUCCGCUCGACGACAGUAUCGAUUCUUUCGUUGAGCGCGAAAAACCGUUCGAAUUCAGCAGCACCACGGACAGUGCCGGAACGGGCAGGGUCAAGGACGAGAUUGCGUUCGUGUCGAACGAUGACCUGCCGGAACCGGUGCUGUACGCUGACGGUUGCGUCGACGAUACCAAGAUCAUUAUGCUCUGCCAGAAGCAGGAGAUGGAGCGAUUGGGAAUGACCGUUAGCUCCGGGACGGUCAUAGUCAAGAAAGAUACUACUAACCUGAUAGGAAUAAGCAUCGGUGGAGGAGCCCCGCUGUGCCCUUGUCUGUACAUUGUGCAGGUAUUUGACGGCACUCCUGCGGCAAAGGAGGGGACUCUCCAGUCCGGAGACGAACUGCUCGGCGUGAACGGUGCCUCGGUCAAGGGCAAAACCAAGGUCGAAGUGGCCAAAAUGAUUCAGGCAGCCACCUCGGAAGUUACGAUUCACUACAACAAACUGCACGCCGAUCCAACCCAGGGUGAAACGCUAGACAUUGUGCUGAAGAAGAUGAAGCACCGCCUGGUGGAACGAAUGUCGAGCAGCACGGCCGACACUCUGGGGCUUUCGCGAGCAAUCCUGUGCAACGACUCGCUCGUGAAGCGCCUCCAGGAGCUCGAACGCACCGAGUCCAUGUACAAGGGACUGGUAGAGCACGCCAAGCGAAUGCUAAAGGCUCACUUUGACGUGCUGCAAACUUACCAGCAAUUUGGAAACAUUUUCGCCGCAAUCAGCGUUCGUGAGCCGCAACCGCGAGCUUCCGAGGCGUUUCGCAUUUUCAGCGAGCUGCAUCGCAACUUGGAAAAGGACGGCAUCAAGAUGAUCAAGAGUCUGAAGCCGAUCCUGGCCGACAUGGGCACGUACCUUCACAAGGCCAUUCCGGACACGAAGCUAACAGUCAAACGCUACGCCGACGCCAAAUUCACCUAUCUUUCGUACUGCCUCAAGAUCAAGGAAAUGGACGACGAAGAGCACAGCUACGCGGCAAUCCAGGAACCGCUCUACCGCGUCGAAACCGGCAACUACGAGUACCGCCUUAUUCUGCGCUGUCGCCAGGAGGCACGCGUCAAGUUCGCCAAGCUACGCUCCGACGUACUGGAAAAGAUCGAACUGCUCGAGUGCAAACAUGCGCGUGAUUUGGCCUCGCAACUGCGCAAGUUCAUCCAGGGACUGUCGACACUAGCCUCCGAAACCGUCGAGCGGCUAGAGUCAAUCCCGAACCUGUUCCCGAUCGAGGUCGACCUCAAGGCGAGUGCAUUCCAGUACAAGUCGGCGCUCAAGUUUCAACCGGAGGAGGAGCUCGAAGAGGAAGUGCACCAGGCGGAGGAGGCCAUCGAGAUUCCGCCGGCCAAGUCGUCGAACGGAGGAAGGGACACAAUCGACGAGCUGUUGGCUGGCUUCGAGGAAAUUGAUCUGAACAAGAGCAGCGCUGCGAGUGCGGCCGAGAGUAACAACGAUCUGUUGGUGGAGCUUGGGCUGGCCGAUAUCGACUUGUCUGCGGGAGCGUCGACGAUGGGAGCGAACCUGCUGGAAGAUCCGCUCAUACCGGAUCUUGGUGAUUUUGGUAAGUAAAAUGUGGUGGUUUUUGCGCAGUUCUACGGCUAUUUAUGUUUGUCUUGUGUCAUGUCAAUAUAUUUAUCCUAAUUGAA